AUGGCAGCAGCUAUUGCUUCCAUGACAGCCAGGCUAGCGACCAAGUUGUCGCUCAGAGAGGGUGAGGAACCGGUUGACCUGGGAAACCUUAGGGUUCCGGGGAAGGAAUUUCUCGCUCGCCGUUUCUACUUGGUGGGGAAACUCAACACUUGUAGGGCGGUGGUUUUGGAUUCUUUUAGGAGCGCAGUGCGUUCAAUGUGGAGAUUGACGGGAACUGUGGAGGUUCAACCACGCGGGGAUCGUUUUCUGUUUACGUUCACUCUUGAACGUGAUGUCACCCGGGUGAAGAAGGGAGGCCCUUGGAGUUUUCAGCGAGCUAUGCUUUUGUUAAAUGACUACGAUGGCUUUUCAGUGAUUGAUGCGGUGAAGCUUGAUUUCGUUUGGAUCUGGGUUGGGAUCCAUGGCCUUCCACCGAGUAUCUUGACGGAACCCACUGUCCGGCUGGUGGGCGGAACGAUCGGUGAGGUUUUGGAGGUUGAUCAACCGGCUAUCCGACGUGGUGAUGCUCGGGUUCGGAUUACUUUAGCCAUCAAUGAUCCGGUGCGUUUGGAUCAUCGUGUUAGGGUUUCGCCCACUGAUGUUCUCACUUUGAGGUUUCAGUAUGAGAGGCUAUUGGGGAGGUGCAGACUGUGUACCUUCUUGAACCACGGAGGACAGAGGUGUUCAAGGGAGGAGGUGGAGGUGACUGACUCUGUGGUGGACGAUGGUUCACAGCAGGUUCCGAGGCUGGCUCUUCCAGGGCUCGUGUUUAGGGCUAAUUCCCAGCCAUCUCUUUCCUUGCCUUCGAAUUUCAAGGUCCCAACUCUGUUGAAGAAGAAACCAGUGUAG